AUGGCAAAACUCAGCAGAUGGGUGAUCUUGGUGCCUAAGACAACUUGUUGCCCGGAAAAUCUGUUUGGAAAGUUGCUGUUAAGACAAGAGAUGGAGAUAUUCAGGUUCUGGCAUGCAUUUGAGUUCGUGGUAGUCUGCACGGGAAAAUAUGGCGACGUACCAAGAAUACCGUCGUUUCCGGCGGAGAAAGGACCGGAGAUAUUCAAAGGGAAGGUGUUGCAUUCCAUGGAUUACUCCAGGUUACGGAAAGAAGAAACUUCUCUUCUCCUCCGCGGCAAGAAAGUGGCCAUCAUUGGAUUAAAAAAAUCCGCCAUUGAUUUGGCUUUAGAGUCUACUUCAGCCAAUCAAGGAGAAGAAGGGGAAACAUGCACAAUGGUGGUGAGAACACCACACUGGGUGAUACCACAUCAUUGGGUUUGGGGCCUGCCGUUCUUCUUGUUUUACUCAACCAGAGCUUCUCAAUUCCUCCAUGAUAGGCCUAACCAAAGCUUCAUAAUUAAGAGACCUCUUUUGUCUCCUCUUUUCUCUUCUGUGAAAUAUGGUCUUAAACCGGAUCAUACCUUUGAGGAAGACUAUGCUUCUUGUCAAUUGCCGAUCAUACCAGAGAAUUUCUUUGAUGAAGAUGCGGAUGUUGUAAUACUCGCCACGGGUUAUGAUGGCAUGGAGAAGCUCAAAACCAUUGUUCCUCAACCUUUUGGAACUUGGCUCGAGUUUCCAUGGGAUAUCAUGCCUUUGUACAGGUACGUACAAGUUUAA